AUGGCGGCCCUCUCCCGCGACGUGGCCAGCACGCAAGACUCUGAAUCCCUACACAGUUCGACAUCCUCUGAUCAGGAUGGGGAAGAUGGGUCGCGCACUAGCAGUCGAGGCCGCAGUCACAGCACUCGGCGCUGGACCAAGGCUGAGGAUCAGCGCCUCGUUGAGGCUGUGGAACGCCAUCAGGGCAAGAAUUGGAAGAAGGUUGCCGAGGAAUUUGAGGGCAGGACUGACGUCCAGUGUCUGCAUCGCUGGCAAAAGGUACUCAACCCGGAUCUGGUCAAGGGACCCUGGACCAAGGAGGAGGACGACCUUGUUAUUCAACUCGUUGACAAGUAUGGCCCCAAGCGCUGGUCCCUGAUUGCUGGCCACCUCAAAGGACGCAUUGGCAAACAGUGCCGUGAGCGCUGGCACAACCAUCUCCACCCCGACAUCAAAAAGACUCCAUGGACUGCUGAAGAGGAACGUGUCAUCAUGAACGCCCACCUGCGUCUCGGCAACAAGUGGGCUGAAAUUGCCAAGCUCCUCCCCGGACGAACGGACAACUCAGUCAAGAACCACUGGAAUUCUACCAUGCGGCGCCGG